AUGGCUAUUCAAAAACAAGUUGAUCUAAAUCAACCAUUAGAUGCAGAUAAACAAACAAACUUAUCUAAAUCUGCUUUAAAACCAGAAUUAACAGAAGCUGCAAUAACAUUACACGGAGAUCAUUAUAAACAAUCGCAAGCUAAAUUAAAUAAAUACAUAUUAACACAUCCAUUUAGUAUUUUUAUCCUUACAUUAACAUUACCAAUUGCUUUAGGUUAUACAUUAUGGGAUUAUUUUUUAAUUUCGGAUAAUUUAGUCGAAUUUUGGUCAAUUAUCAAUAGAAAUAGAAAUGAUUUUAUUUAUCAUUUAUUAGCUACUAUUCCUAUUAUCGGGGGUGUUUUAUCUAUAUUUGGUGGUUUUACUUAUCUUGUAGGUGAAGAAAUGGGUAUAAUUACAAAUAAAUUUAUUGGACAAAAAUAUUGUGAUUAUAUUUUUGGAUUUGAUAUUAGAGCAUUUGCAAAAGGAGAUAAAGAAAGUAAUGAAAAUUCUGAGAUUAUCGUUUAUAGAGAUAGUCCAAUUGCUAUUGGAACAAUUGUAAUUGAUGAAUCUCAAUCAACGGUUGAAAAUUUCAUUGUUAAAAUUACUGGUAUUCAUGUUAGAAAAGUUUUUCAAAAAGCUGAAUUUGAUCAAUUAUUAAUUGAUUGGGCAGUACUUAGAUCAAGAAAAUUAUAUCAGGAAUAUUUAAAAAAAAAUAAAUCUAAAAUUAAAGAAGGUUCAAUUGUAUUAACUAUUGAUGGUUAUUCAUUUGAUCCACAUUUUGAAAAUAUAUUAAUAAGUAAAGGAUUUAAAAAAUUAAGUUCAAGUUUUGAAUUAAAUCCUUUCAAUCCAGGUUUAACAUGGUAUAGAGAAAUUUUACAUAAAUUUUUCAAUAUUUCAAGAGAUACUUUUGGACUUAUAUUAAUUACAUCAAAUGAAGAUUAUGAAUUAAUUAAAAAUAUAAAUAAUUAA